AAUCCUCUUCAAAGGAGAAGAAUGGAUUUGAAAGCGCGGAACCACACCCCCGUGAAGCGAUCGCUAACUACCUCGAACUUCAGAUGAUGUACGUGUCCGGCGAGACGGGAGAACCCUCAGUCGAGACGACAAGCAUCAUCGAGGACAUCGUGCGCCAGCAGGUCAUUGAGAUUCUCCGAAACUGUACCGAGCUAGCUGCCCGCCGCGGCUCGCGUUCCAUCACGAUCAACGACCUCAUCUUUCAGAUUCGCGACGACGCUCCCAAGGUGUCCCGGCUGCGCACUUUCCUCUCGUGGAAGGACGUGCGCAAGAAUGUCAAGGACUCGGACGACAAGGGCGGCGACGCUGAUUUGGGCGCCGGCGAGGAUCCCGUCGGCGGGGUCGUCGCCGGCGGCCCGGUGGACGAUUCGGCAAAGAAGAACAAGAAGGCCAAGGUCGGCCUGCCCUGGGAGCCGGCGUCGUUCUUCUCGGUCGAGGUGCCCGAGCGCGAGGACGAGGAGGACGAGGAGGAAGAGGAGAUGAACCACAUCACGCUGCAGCGGCUGCGCAAGGCGGACGAGCGCACCAAGGCGAUGACGAAGGAGGAGUACGUGACGUGGUCCGAGUACCGGCAGGCAUCGUUCACCUACCGCAAGGGCAAGCGGUUCCGCGAGUGGGCCGGCUUCGGCAUCGUCACGGACAGCAAGCCGUCGGACGACAUCGUCGACAUCCUCGGCUUCCUGACCUUCGAGAUGGUGCAGACGCUCACGGAGGAGGCGCUCAAGAUCAAGGAGAACGAGGACCUGUACCGCGAGCGCACGGGCGAGAACGCGGGCAAGAAGCGCAAGGCGCCCGGCGGCGGCGGCCUCUUCGACCCGCCCGGCGAGGGCCGCACCCCCGUCGAGCCGCGCCACAUCCAGGAGGCCUUCCGCCGGCUCCAGCAGCGGCCAAAGAAGUACCGGGCCAUGCUCAACGGCACGAGGCUGCAGCAGCGGACGACUCUCAGGCUGAUUUGAGGGCUCUGGCUUGGGCUGAAGGCGUCUAGGGGCGUUUGGGGGCUUACGGAUGGGAUGGGAUGCCUUACGGAUUUCAGCGUUUUGUUUCGCUUGGUGAGGGAAACAUUGUUGACUGUACGGAAUAGUGUACAUACCCGGGUAACGUAUUGAUGGAUGAUUUCAGCGCACCAGUGAAGGGAACCUGCAUGCAUCCUGGUGCGGCAUGUUGUGUGCAGAGAUACGAACCGGACAAUGAUAUGUGUGUAAGUCUCCGUCUUCCGCCUCAUUACCAUUCCCCUGAACUGAUACUCGUCCUAUACCAAUCUCUGCUUGUCCCCC